AUGGAUUCCAAUGCAUUUGGUGAUGGCAAUAGAUCACGAAGUACGUCUUCCUCUUCAUCUUUAGAUUCAACUACAGAUUCAAUGCCAGACGAUGAAAUUGCAUAUGAUAUGAAUGAUGAGAACGCUCCUUUUCUACAGACGAACGCCAACCAAGUAUCCUACGGAUGGAAAAACAAGCUCUCAAGUAAAUACUUUUUAUUUCAAUUAUAUUCUUUCUGUUUAGCUGCUCUCUAUUUAAUAGUAGCGAUAUUAUUACCAUUCCUCAAUAAAAAGAUAUUUUCAACCUAUAAUUUUCCUCUGACUUCUAGUUUCCUUCAGACACUUGGUGCGGCGAUCAUAUUGUUCAUCUUCAAUGUGAUACACCACUUCCAUCACAAAAAUGAUCUACUCACAAAGAGUAGUAUAUUCGAUAAGAAUAUUCUAUAUAAAAGUAUUACAAUGAUACCAGUAUCGAUUUGUUUUGCAAUAGUGAUAUCAUUAACAAAUAUAGCACUUUCCAUGAUUCCAGUUAAUUAUCAUGUUAUAUUUAAAUCGACCAAUAUUACAUUCUAUAAAGUUGCAGAAGGAACAGUUGUAAUUUUAGUACCAAUGUUUAUUAUUGAACAUAUUAGAGGAUUUACAAUUAUUCCAUCACUUUCAGUUUCCACUGUAUUCUUGGUGUUGGCGGGUGUCGUUGUCACAAUGGUUUAUCAAUCUUCAACCGUUGGACUUAUUAAGAGUUUAUAUGUAACAACAGUUGGAAUCAUUACUCAAGUGAUUAUUGUUCCACAAAUAUUCUUAUCAAUAGCUAUUUAUCACAACUUUCAGUUUGAUGCAAUCCAUAUAAUUGGAACAGUAUUGGCAAUUUUAGGUUGUUUAAUAUUCACUGUUUACAAUUGGUAUGCAGUUAACUACAAGUCGAAUCAGAUCAUUGUAGAAUCCAAUAAUGAUGAACCACAAUCACAGAUUAACUAA